UCGGUUAUGUCAUGUGCAUGUGUCACUAUCAUUUUACAUCUUAAGGAAUUUCUAAACGCAAACUGUCACAUUAGACAAUUUAAAAAAACAAUGACAUAACCUCAAAACAAAGUAAAAUUUGUUUAAUAAACUAAAAAUGAGGCUUAUAAACUUGCUGAAAUCCCUAAAAAUCACAACUAUAACUCCAAAAAGACUGUAUUCUCAAGAGUUCAUCCCUAAAGCAUUACGUAGUUUAAAAGGAAAGUCGACUAGAAAUACUGUGCAGUUUUAUGUAGAUUCCUUCAGAGUUAGGGCUGUGGGUGGGAAUGGGGGGGACGGGUGCAUAUCGUUCCUGAGCGCGUGGUGUAAGGAGCAUGCGGGGCCGGAUGGGGGUGACGGGGGUCACGGGGGACAUGUCAUUUUUCAGGCUACCCAUACUGUAAAGAGUUUGAACCAUGUGAAGGCAGUGACGCAGGCGCAGCACGGGGCACGUGGGGACAACAAGGACCGACAUGGGAAGAAUGCUUCGCAUGUUGUGGUGCCCGUGCCGCUGGGGACUAUUAUCCGGGACCAAUCAGGAACCGUCGUGGGGGACCUGAGCGUAGAGGGCACGUUGUUUGUGGCGGCGCGGGGCGGCGCCGGCGGCCGCGGGAAUAGAUUCUUUCUCACAGACACCGCACAGGCGCCGGAUAUAGCGGAGCUCGGAGCUAUCGGAGAGACCAACGUUUACAUGCUCGAAGUGCGCUCUAUGGCGCAUAUUGGGUUGCUGGGGUUCCCGAACGCGGGCAAGAGCACGCUGCUGCGCGCCCUGACGCGCGCGCGCCCCACCGUGGCGCCCUACCCCUUCACCACGCUGCGCCCUCACAUUGGAAUGGUCCCAUAUGACGAUUACGAGCAGGUGGCGAUAGCGGACCUGCCGGGUUUGAUUCCCGGCUCACACAAAAAUUAUGGCUUAGGAAUCCAGUUUCUCCAGCACGCAGAGCGCUGCCGUGGACUCAUUUAUCUCCUGGACGCUACCGACGCGCCUCUAGAGCAGCUGGAGCACCUCACACACGAACUGUCUCAUUACAGUGGCGAGCUAGCGAACCGACGGAGUUGUAUAGUGCUGAACAAAAUAGACCUACCAGCAGGACGCGCGGCCUUCGAGGCCAUCAGUAAAGAACGAGAGGUGCUCGGCAUCUCCGCGAAGACUGGGCUUGGGCUGCAGCGGCUGCUGGCGGCUGUUAGACAGAUGUAUGACAGCGGGAGUACUGAGACAUAACAAGAAUAGAUUUAUUCUAUUUUUGAAGUGAAAACUUCUUUAGCGGCGCUGUGCACUUUUCGGGAUGGGGAAAAAAUUUUGAACUUGCGACAGGUCACGUGACCGACAGAUUUGUCAGAUUGAAAAUUUUUAAGAUGGUCACGUGACGUUGUUGAAAUUAUGGAUGGAAGUUGAUUUUUCUGAGAGAUAAACUUUUUAAUGUUAAAUAAUUGUAAUAGUUCAGAAGUGUUACAUUUUUAAUGUAAUAUAAAUUGUCAUUGUGUACGAUAGCGCAAUAAAUGAAUAUUGUAUUUUACCACAUAAAUUAUAGUACUUUUAUACUGAUAAUUAAAGCAAUUCGUGCAAAAUUAUUCCCAAAAUAUCAAAAAAGCACAACGUUAAUUUUCAAGUUUUCACUUCUGCCGGCACUCCCGGAGUGCAACCAGGCGUUUUUUUUAUUAAGAAGAUACGUAGUCCCCAUUUUCCUCUAUAAAUCGAAAAUUUUAAAGGUGUCCAAAGGGGUUAGCUAUGGUAUGGGGGUUUGGCUAUACAUCAAACUGUGAGAUAAUAUUUUCUAUAAUGGUAAUGUCCAGAAAGGAAAAUGGGACUAAGUUCGUAUGGAAAUUUCUACAAAGAGCUCCACAGACAUUGUAACAAGUUGCAUACGAUUUUCGAUAAUUGCCAAUUAAGUAAUAACGAAUUCAAUUGCUUCAUCAACGUUUGACGUUAGGCCCUUAUUUGUGACGUUUCUUAUAUUUGUAAAUAAAUUAGUUAAGUACUCGUAGUAU